UGGCACUAGGGAUAUUGAUAGAAUGGAGUAUCCACAUGGUGUGCCCUUGGGGUGUCUGAUUGUCAUGUGUGUUAUAGGAGUAGCAGGUAACAUGCUGGUGCUCUUGAUGAUUAUCACCAGGAAGACACUACGCAAAUUACAAAAUGCACUUAUUGCUAAUUUAAGCGUAUGUGACUUCAUGGCAACAGGAAUGUUGGGACUUUCUGCAGCUAAUUUACAAAAUGGAGAUUGGGUUAUGGGGAAAUUGGCAUGUAAGAUAAGUGCAGUAUGCUUUGCUUCUUACUGUGUUGCUUCACUAUCAACAAUAGUUAACAUUGCUGUUAAUCGUUAUAUAUGUAUUGUGAAGCCACAUUUGUAUCACUGCUACAACAGGACCUCUAUCAUAUUAAUUAUAUCGUCAAUAUGGAUAUAUAGUUUCCUCAUCUCCAUCCCUCCUCUCUUUGGAUGGGGACAGAUAAUAUACAAGCAUAAUUUACUAACAUGCAUCCCUGACUGGCACUCAAGCCUAUCAUUUCUGGCAUUCUAUGCAACCAUCUCAUUUGCACUACCAAACAUUAUAGUCUUGAUUUGCUACCUGACGAUCUUUCUCCAUGUGCGAAAAAGCAAAAAUAAAAUAAGAGAAUACGGAAAUAAACUUGAACUAAAACCAUCUACAAGUACUAGUGAAGAGAGCAGGCUGAGAGCUGAGAAGAAUGUUAACAGAACUGCAGAUUCUACUAAACUUAGAGCUAUGCUCCAUGAGGACACAGCCACAAGUGGACAUGAGGGUUCAAUAAAAGGUGAUACAUCAAAUACAAAUGAUCGGGAACACAAUAAGAGACAAAGAACCUUAGACACCAAGAAGACCUUCAACCACAGUGAUGCAGAAUUUGGCAGCAAAUGUGAACGAAUAGAAUCAAUAGAGGAGAUUUCAUCAAGUUCUAAUACCAUGGAAUACAAUGCACAAGAAAUCAAGCAAAAUACAUGUAACAUAAAAACCAAAACCCUGAGUAAUGAGGAAAACCAUGUUGAAUGUGACACAUUGUCCACAGACCAUGAAUUCAAGACUAAUGCAAUAGACAGUACAACUCUCCAAAAGCCAUCAGUACCAGGCGAAAUAUCCAGUAGAUACUUAAAAGAGCAACAACCCCAAAUUAAGAAAGGAGACAUGAAUCUUGCAGUACAAUUACUGGUAAUUUUCCUUGUCUACAACAUAUGCUGGGGUCCCUAUGUUAUCAUAUCAACAUUUAUAACACCAUAUCAGAAAAUAGAAGACUGGGUCAAUUUAUUUAUAGGUGUGUUUCUUAUUGCAAAUUCUGUUUUGAAUCCUUUCAUAUAUUUCUUAAUGAACAAGCAAUUGAGAAAGGAACUACUCCUGGUGUUGAGCCGAUGUCAUUUCAUGAACAAGAAGUUGAAAUUUCAUAACAGCCCAAAUAAUUGAUUGCACAAGAACAAAGACAGAACUGGCAUUUGAAAAUUAACAAAUUGUUUCAUUAAUGUGAGAAAUUCAAAAAUGAAAAGAAUAUAAUUGCCUCAUGGUUUCACAUCCUACCUUGUGUUUGUCCUGACAUAUUGUGGAUAUGUACUGACAUACUAUGGAUUUGUACUGACAUACCAUGGGAUUGUACUGACAUGGGUUUGUGCUGCUAUACUA